AUGGAUGCGGAGGCUGCCAAGGAUGCUCGUAUCCUUGAAUUGGAGGCCAAAAUGGCGGAACAAGCAUCGGUCACAGGCAAGCACCGUUCUUCAAGCCCCUCCUCCAGCAAGGCAACAUCAUCGGCUGACAGUGGGGGUGCCGCCCCCCCCCCCCGGCGCCAGGUGGCCCACUCCUUGCUGGAUGCUUAUUUAAACUAUCUCCCUCCUGGUAACUACUUUGGCAAUGACUCACGCCAGAAGUCUCCUUGCGUUACCCGGGUCCUUUUUCAAAAUGUUCAGGGUCUUCCAUUUCCUGUGACACAUGAGAUACAGAAAGGGCUCUUCAAGUGUUGGACGGAUGAGAGAGUGGGCAUUGCACUGCUGGCUGAAGUUAACCUUCAAUGGUCAGUAGUGCCCAGAGGACACAAGUGGUUUGACCGGGUCAAGUCCUUCACUAACCAGGGACAUUUCUCUUCAGUGUCUUACUACGAACACCAGGAGUUUCCAACUCCCUCGGCACAUCAAUGGGGCGGAUGUUCUGCUACAUUACUCCACAAGGUUGCGCGCCGUGCAAAGUCAGGCGGCAAAGAUGAGUCAGGGCUAGGCAGGUUCUCUUGGAUCAAGAUCCGGGGCAGGGACAUCCGACAACAGGAGUCCCAGACCGAUGGGCCCCUGGCUGGUCCUUUAGAUCUUGUGGUGGUCUCUGCAUAUCGUCCAAACAAGGAAGGUACCAAUGCUGGUAGUGUUUGGAACUACCAACGGAAUCACUGGCUGAGCAAGGGGGUGACUAUGGAUACCCGUGACAAGCUCACACUGGAUUUGGUGGACCUGAUCGAACAAUGGAAAGCCGAAGGGUGCGAGAUUCUCCUUGGGUUAGAUAUGUCUCCUACAACUCUCCCUCUUCCUUCCGCCAAGAGAUGCGGUCUGAAGGCCUGA